CUCCUCGCUGUGAGGUAUGCAACACUCGAGUGUUGAUGAGAACGCAGAAGGGGAAAAAAACAGCCACAGUCUUCUUGGUCGCUGUUUGCUGGCCACUUGAGGAGCCCAGUUGUCCGUGUUGAACCUGUGUUUCCGUGGCCAUGGGGGGCAGGAGCCCGUUGCUGGUAGCGAUUCCUCUGUGGAUGAGUUUUGGGAGAGCUGCUGCUCUUGCAGAGCCACAGAUCUGUUAUGUGCUGGAUGGAAUCCUGUUUUUGUACGGCAUCAUCCUGACAGCUCUCUACUGUAGAAUCAAGAUCUACAAUGCUAAGGAGGCCAGGGAUGCAAAUGCCAAGCAGGAUGCUGACCAGGGCAUCUACACGGGUUUGACUCCUCGCGUCCAGGACACAUAUGAAACUAUUGGCAUUAAGAAGUGAUGUCAUGAGUGAAAGUCCAAGACCGACAUUUUAAAUACCUUUUUUGUUUUAUUUAAAUAUUGCAUAUCUUACCCUGCUUAGAUGUUGAGAGAAUGUGAAAUUGUGUGCGCUAGUGUUCACUUCCCCUUUGCUUUUAUAGAAGUUAUGGGAAGUUAAGAGAGACAAGACAGAAACAGGGAAUAUGGGCAAUUCUCAGAAAUGCUUACUCUUGUUGUUUUAAGGUAUUUUUACUGCUCUGUUGCAAAUAUUUAAUUUUUAUCCAUACAUAUUUUUAUAACUGUAAUGCUCCAGAAGCAUUUUGUAUGGUAAUUUUAAAAUAAAUAAAUCAUAUAGAUGAUUUACGGCAUACUCAAAGCUACAUUUCUGUGCCAAAAUGCUAACUGGCACUGACCUCCUGCUACAGACUCUCCCACUAACUCCAACUCCUCUUUUAGGCCAUUUGAAAGAUGUCAGUCUUUUGAAUAGCAAAGAGCUCCAAAAGUAUUGUAGUUUUGUGCAAGAUGGUGAAUAUAGUUGUGGUAUAGCCAUAUAGCCAUGCUCAUCCUCUAUAGUAAAGCCUUAGAGAUUCUGAGCAGUGUUUAUUACACACCAUAGGAUGGCAGUGAUGGUGUCUUUGGUGACGUCUUUACCUGUUCAUACUCAAACACAUACACACUCUCUCCCAGCAGGGAGAGCCCAAAAGAAAUCAAAGAAAUAACAGACUGCUGUAAAGUUUGUAUGUAAACUGCUGCCUUUGGAACGCUGUGAUACUACACAAAACCUAUUAAACGUUUAACUAAUAACUUUGUCUCUCUUUAAAUUGCAGUAGUAAAUUACGCAACCCUGUCUUCUAGAUAUUAUGUUUAUAUAGGGAGUGGUAAACUUCCAGUCGUGAUAAGGCAAACAACCACAAAAUGAAGUCAAAAUAAUAAUUUUCUGACAGUGGUUUGGCUACUGACUGUUUGUAUAAAGCUCAUAGAGACUUAUGUAAGUAGAAAAGGUUUCAGUCGUAGUCAUCUGGACAAUGUUUUUCUUAAUUCUCGAACCAUUUUCACAAUUGAGAAUGACUUCUGGACGGGAGCCGAAAUGUCUUGAAUUUGAAAACAUUGUCCAGAUGACUACGACUGAAACCUUUUCUACGAUGGAACACUCCUGGACGAAUGAGGGACUACACCGACUUAUGUAAGUCUGAAAAGAUUUGAUCUGUCACAUUUAGCCCAGAUCAGACUGAUUAAAAAACAUGUAUAACAUGUAACCAAUAAAGGAGAAAAAGAUUGUAAUGUGAUCAUGUGGUGAAAAACAUACAGUAUGUUGUACUAUUGAUUUAUGAGGUGGUUGUAGAUGAUGACAUUUCAUGUAAAAUAAACCAUUAAAUCUCUUGAUUAAA